AUGCGACUAGUGCAAUCGCCGGUAACCUACAGUCUGGUGCUGUCGCUGGCGCUGUUGGUACCCUGUCUGUCGGUCACUUUCGAGGAUGGAACUUCCGGUGAACGGACCGAGGCUCGUGAAAAUCACGUGCCGGAGCUGCAAGAGCAGCUGGCUGCCAACAGGACCCGACAAGGGAAAGGACUCUUCGAUUGGAUAGGUCUAGGGACAGGGCGAAACGUAGAUCCUUAUAUAGCGAAGACUAAUCAGGGCUGUCUAAAUGGCGACCUGGCGGAGUGCUUCAAGUCUCAGGCUCUGAGUUACUUCUCCGACUUCUUCGACCACUCUCACUACGACCUGAACGAUUACGUAAAGGUCGUGAGGAUGUCCAGGGACGUGGUACAGGACGUCGCUCUUCAGCCAUACGAAUACUCAGCUGAAGCAAGGUCUAGCGACUCUGAAUGGGAUCAGCUGAUGAAAUUCGCUCUGAGAAAAGCAGAGAAGUUCGUAAAAACCGUGGCUAUCGAGUUGCACGUUCCUUCUGAGGAAACUGGAGAAAACGAAGUCUAUGCUCCGCGAUUCUUGGACGAGAUAGCCGAUGAAAUUGACACUCUGGAGAAUAAAAAGGAUACUCUCUUCUCUCGCCAUCAACUGAAGAAGCUGCUCAUCCCCAUGCUCAUCGUCUUGAAGCUAUUCAAAUUGAAAUUACUCCUGUUCCUGCCACUGAUCCUCGGGUUGGCGUCCUUCAAGAAGUUCCUCGGCUUCCUAGCGAUCGUCAUACCUGGUCUGAUCGGCUUCUUCAAGCUGUACAAGCCACUCACGCAGAGUUAUCAUCCUCCAGUGUACAGUCAAAGCGGUAUAGCUUAUCCUUACUACAAGGAGAACUCGAAUAGCUAUUACUCUGAACAGGAUGCUCACCAUGGGCCAGAGUAUCCUGGUGGAUACCAUAGAGACAGCUAUGGACAGGAUCUUGCUUAUCGAGGCUAUCGAGAGUACCAGUCGUAA